AUGUCAUCUGGAGAUACAGGGAUCUGUAGAAAGAAAAAUGCCGAUAUGGCUGUGAAAGUGGAUCCUAAUAAUGAUUACGUUACUCCAGGGGCAUUUGAAUUGGAGCGUCUCUUCUGGAAAGGCUCUGUAAAAUUUGCUCAUGUCAAUGAAGUCUGGCCGGACAUUUACAUUGGAGAUGAAGUAAUAGCAUUGGACCGGUAUACAAUUGAAAAGAUGGGUUUCACUCACAUACUAAAUGCAGCCCAUGGUCACUUGAACGUGGACACAGGAGAUGAAUACUAUCGGGACAUGCCUAUUGAUUACUAUGGUGUAGAGGCUGAAGAUCUGCCAAGAUUUAAUUUAAGUGAAUUCUUCUACUCAGCUGCUCAAUAUAUUGACCGUGCACUAAGCACAACAGGAUCUAAGCUCUUAGUCCAUUGUGCAAUGGGUCGGAGCCGGUCGGCCUCACUUGUCCUGGCUUACCUGAUGAUCUACAAGAACAUGACAGUGGUGGAUGCAGUUCAGCAAGUAAUUAAACACCGGUGCAUUUUACCAAAUCAUGGCUUCCUGAAGCAACUGAGAGCACUUGAUAUAGAGUUGGCGAAGGAGAGAGGUGUUGCAAAUAAUGGCACCAGCACAAAUGGUGAUGAAAAAGAAAAUAGUUGA